AUGGUUAAUCAAUCGACAUGGAUGGAUUCGAAGUCAAAAAUUGAAACGAUUAAAAAAGUUCAAGGUAUAAAAGCAAAAAUUGGUUAUCCUGAUUAUUUUGAGAAGGAUUAUAUGAUAAAACUUGAGAAAGAAUAUGCAGAAUAUAAUUUUAAUUCAUCUUUGAUGCUGAAUGCUUUGAAGUUAAAUCAACUUAAUUCGAAAAAUGCACUUCGAGCACUUCGUGAUCCGAUCAAUAAAAACGAAUGGAUGAUUACUCUGCCAACAACUAUCAGUGCUACAUAUCACAUCUUGUUGAAUGACAUUACUAUUCCUGCAGCUUUUCUUCAAAACCCUCUUUUCAACAACAACGUACCAAAGUACAUCAACUAUGGUGGAAUUGGUUUCAUUAUUGGACAUGAGAUUGCACAUGGUUUUGAUGAUGAUGCUCGAAAGACCAUUGAAGUAUUUCAUAAACUCAAGCAGUGUUUUGUCGAUCAAUACAACAAUUAUACACUGACUCAAGUCAAUCAACAGGUCGCAGGUGAACGUACAAAAGAUGAAAACGUUGCUGAUAUUGUUGGAUUGAAAAUGGCUUUCAUCGCCUAUCGAAAAUGGGCUCAAAGUCAUAGAAACGUCGAUAAGAAGUUGCCAGGUCUCACAAAGUUUUCAGAUGAACAGAUGUUUUUUCUCAGUUUUGGUCAUGCAUGGUGUGAGAAAAUGUCCGACACUGUCGCAAAGUUUUAUUUGAUAGCAGAUACACAUUCACCUCCUCAAUUCAGAGCAAUUGGUUCUACGUCGAAUUUAGCCGAAUUCGAUCGAGCAUUUGGUUGUAAGCCUGGUCAAAGCAAUAGUCGAGUGGAUAAGUGUAAUAUGUGGUAG